GUGAAUACCCUAGAAGGUAUUUUAACCAAUCAAAAUGCUCCUUUCCAUGAAUAAUAUUUGCUCUUAAUCAGCUAAAACAAUUGUCAUGUACGCUGAGAAAUAUGCAGCGUACAGCCUCAAAGUUGGUUCAAAAUAGUCUCGUUUUGAGAUCGAUAUAAACAGUUAAUGGACGUCGGAGCUGUUGGGGUGAUGCAGUUUCAUUGAAAACAGUAAAUAUGACUUAAUUCAAAGCUCUUGCAAUGUCCGUAUUACUGUUUCGUAAUCAUUCUCUCAUUUGACCCCUAAUCUUCAUUUACCCCGUAUUGAAGCGGGCUACCGUUUCUGCGAAUCUGGUCGCGCGAUCGCGCGACUGUUGUUCUAGACGUGCGCAACUAACCCAGUAGCAGUGAUUCCCCAUUGCCCUGGCGAUCGCGCAACUGCUUUUGGGAGUUGAAUAGAUUUUAACUUUUCUCUGACCAGAUUCUCACGAACCAAUAAGAUGCUUUAUUUUUCUUGUCUGGUUUACGUCGUAAAAUGCCUUAUCACCCUGUCUUGUUUUCUUUGGCGCUUAUCCAAAAAAUCAACACUACGCUCUUCUACGCUGAGAAUCUCGUUUAAACGAUGGUAAAAAUAACAAUUAGGCCAGAAGUCAUGUCGAUUUUACGCCAGUUUCAGCAAAGUUAAUCCCUUACAAUAAAUCUUGGGUUUGAAAAUGGAAGCACGGGCAAUACGGAAUCGCAGACGGAAUGGUCUGAAGAAUUAUCUAUUGAGGAACUUAAAUCCUGGUUUCCAUAUAGCCUUAAGGCUGCCUGCGACUGCCUGCGACUGCUUUCUGCCAUCUUCCAUCUUCCACCCUUACAGUAGCGCCGGCAAAUAGAAACGUUCUGUUUUCAAUUGCGUGCAGGAUCGGUAACUAUGCCGGUAACUUGGUAAAGUUUGAGUGGGAAAAUCUGGCGGGCAAAAUUCAACAACAAAGCCCUGUUUUCUAUUGGUUCUUGCACAUCACAUGAUCCGUUUGAACAAAAGAAUGCCGCAGGCAGCCGCAGGCAAGGCGUUUCCAUUUGUAAUUUGUUUGCCGGCGGUACCGGGAGGCUGCCGUAAGAGCCGGGAAAAGUUGAACGAGUUCAACCUUUUCCCGGCUCUCCCGGCAGUCUUACGGCACUUCAAACAGCUGCCUGCGGUACCGUUAGAAAGCGUUUCCAUAAAGAAUUAUCUGCCGGGGAUACCGUAGGGAUGGAAGAUGGAAGAUGGCAGAAAGCAGUCGCAGGCAGCCUUACGGCUAUAUGGAAACCAGGCUUAAACAAUAUCGUUGUUUAUGGGAUACCUCAUGCCGAUCUUAUAAAGAUGGCCCUAAAAAGCAGCAAUCUUGGCGGGAACUGAAUCAGAAAUUUAAAAAAGAGGAGGACACCUUAAAGAAAGUUUGGAAAAAUCUAAAGGAUUGCUUCACAAAGUCCAUCAAAAAAAGCGCAAGCAAGGUGAUUUCGAUGCUUGUAACACAAGGAACAUAUUUCAGAACAAUUGAAACAAAUGACGGUGACAAUUCUGAUAUUGGAAAUGACGAGCUAGUUUCGACUGAAUUCUUUCAUAACUAUGGUCUUGAUGAAAGCUGUAAGUAUAUAGGAUAUUCUGCAGAUGAUAAGAGGUACAGAAAAGCAUCCAGUGCUGAAGAGCUCCAGCAGGAAAAGGGAUACAAUCGAGUUUGGAAGAAGAUGGUGUCAUUGAAUGUCGCAUUUAGGAAACCGUCCUUUCAGUCUUCGGUACGUUUUUUUGAAGGAAUCAAUUUGAUUCCGGGCUUCGGAAAUGAUGGAAACAUAACUGGAAAAUGGCAAGGAUGCAGUCUCACGGAAAAUGACGAAAACCCGUUUUGGCAGGUGGACCUUCUUAGGGAAGCUUACGUGACGAGUGUUCGAGUAAAAAGCACUGAGGGUUGGGGCAGUGGUAAAAUCAAUUCAUUCAGUGUAAGUGUUGGCAAUGAUAGAUCGGAGGGCGGCCGCAAAAACCCACUUUGUGUUACAAAUGGGCAGGUGGACAAAGGUCAAUUGAAGAAAUUUGAUUGCGACAAUCUACUGGUUGGUCGAUUUGUGAGUCUGUUUAUUAACAGGAAAGAAUAUCUACCAGACUGCGAAGUCGAGGUUUAUGAAGGAAAUAUCGCGUACAAAAAGCCAUCUUCGCAAUCAUCAACAUCUACAAUAGAAAGCAUCCCAUUAGUUGCCAGGUUUGCAAAUGAUGGUAACAGAACUGGGGAUUGGCAAGGAUGCAGUAUCACAAAAGCUGACGUGACACCCUGGUGGCAAGUGGACCUUACAAGGCAAGCUGCGGUCGCAAGUGUCCAAAUAAGAAGUGGCGCAACUUGGGGUCAAUUGAAAAUCAAUCCAUUCGAUGUCAGUGUUGGGGAUGAUAGUUCAAAUGGUGGACGAAACAAUGCACUGUGUGUGAAAGAAGGAAGGUUGGCAAGUGGUGAAUUGAAAAAGUUCGAUUGUCCACAGGUCCUGAUGGGUCGCUACGUUAGUGUCUAUUUGAACAGGAAAGAAUUUCUUCAAGUAUGCGAGGUUGAGGUUUAUGAAGGUAUGUGCUUGAACUUAAGGCUUUCUUUCGAACAUACCAUAGGUAUCAGACCAGAGCCUCGUUAUUUCUGAGAUUUAAUGAUAGAGGCUAUGGCACCCGGGGUAUUUCGAAUAUAGAGUAAAAACUCUCGCAGUCACUGCACUGAAAGUCUUUGCGUCUACAAAUUGUUGAAAAAUUUUCGCUGCCAAUCGAUCAUGCGAUACAUACAUUGAGGACAAAAAUUUUCAGCGGUUAAAAUUUCGGACAAUGAACUUAGUUGAAGAAAUUUGAUAACCUGAUGUGGUUUUGCUUCAUACAUGCAAAAGACUGUUCAAAAUUUUCCUGAAAAUUUCUCUGUCCGAAAUUUUAAAAGUAUGACAAAUUUUUAACCAUAUCAAACAACGAAACUACAUAAGGACAGAUUUUCAAGAAAAUUUUGAACAGUCUUUUGCAUGUGUGAAGCGAAACCACAUCAGGUUAUAGAUUCACAUUUACACAAAAGUUUUAAGAAACUUGAAAGAAUAUCUGACUAUUGAAAACAUGACAUGUCAAGAAACAUUAUGUACAGGAACGGCUCAAAUCCUUAGUUUAGUGGCUCAGUAAUUGACGAUGAAAACAAUAAUGAUAAUUAUUUGAACUGGUGGUCCUAUUAACUUGGAAAGGGGCUUUUUUCAAAAAUUUUGUUGCCAGUCAUGUUUAAAGAUCGUAGACUUUGCUUUAGUCAAUAUACACUGCGCAUGCGUUGGUCAUACAAAAUUUAUCGGCGUGACAACUUUCCGGACAAAUUUGCUACCCUGAAAGUUGUUUUACUUAAUAUAGUUUUCGAUCCAGUCCUCCCAGGUGGUGCCUUCUAUUUUGUAUAUUGAUCUUAGCCUCUGUUUGGUGCUUUCUGGUGACUGGGGGGUUGUACAAUAUAGAACAAUUACAUUCUUUGGCUUUAGUUAUCUUGGACAUGAUAUCCUCGACUAUCAAAAUGGCUAAAAUGGCUUAGUACUACAAGAAUCCAAGGUUCACUGUUCAAAAAAGUCUAUUUUUUUUCAAAACUGUCAAAAGUUGAAAGAAUGCAUGGGCCCAUUGAUACUUUAGCUUUUCACCCUGGGUACCAGACCCACAUAAUUUCGAUCGCAGGACUAGAAGAUUGGAGAACAGGAGCGAAGGAAUAAAUAUUCGCCAGUUUCAUCAAUAAUAAUUAUAAUCGUUUAAGAACCACGCCCGUAUCUAAAGCCAUACACAUUUUGUCGGCAAACCACCGGUUUUGCAGCCCCCCCCCCAUCAAAAUUUUCUAGCGACCGCAUUGGCGAAGGUCCCCGCUUCUCCGCUUAGUUUUCUAUUUACGCGCGUGAAAUUGUGUGGCUCUGGUACUGAGGGUACUUGGCCUUCCUAAAACCAAGAAACAGAGUUCUUUAAAGUAAGCUUCGGCAACACCAUACUUUGAUAAUUUCAAAAGCAACAAAUGAUGCUCCAUUGGCAUUUUUCAAAUCUAAGUAAACAACACUAGACUUUCAUCAAUGCAAGCACCACUUCAGCGUGCAGAUCUCACCAAUGUAUAAAGAUUUGCUUUUGGCUUGAAAGGAUAAUCCAAUAUUUUUGUUAAUUUUACGCACAUAUUUUGGGGUGGUAUCAUUAAAUUUAAAAAUCCCCUACUGAUACCUCAAUCUCAGUUUAGGAUAGCCGUAACUAAUUAUUGUUCUUAUUUCGAUAAAUUUCUUGACUCCUUUUGCAAAUUUCAUGUUUCCAGCUUUUGCUUUCACUGCAUUCUUUUUAAAACUUCAAGCCUGGGAACACAAUUUGCUGAAUAUCAUACCCUGGGAACCAGACUCACUAUAUAUGAAAUAAAAUAGAGAGUCUGGUCUAGUGCGCCCCAUUCUCGUUCUGGUGUGCUGAUAUUAACCAAUCCGGAGCGAGUGUACAGAUUUCUGUACGUUCAAAGGUCACAGCGAAACAAUAAACUUAGCUCUGGUGUAAAACAUUGAACAGAACAGAACAUAAAUAAAUGCUAGCGACCGUAACGAUUGAGUUUGAAGAUGCUGUUAAAACUGUACUCAAAGAAUAUUUUCCGCAUAUUGUGGAACUGAACACAGAACAGCAUUGAAAGCUUUGUUUGUAGAGAGAAGAGACACCUUCGCCAUAUUGCCAACUGGCUUUGGAAAGUCUCUGAUAUUUCAGGCUGUGCCUCUCGUUGCAAAGAAAUUAGGCCUUGUAGUGAAAUGCAGUAGAUAAGAAACACCGCAAGGGAACAAACAACAAUAAACACAGUAAAUCAGUUAUAGCUAAUAUUUCGCCCGGCAUACGGGGCUUCGCUUGUCGUAUUGGCCAUAUUUGCUGUGAUGACCCUCCAACGUGAUGAUUCUAACCGCCGCGGUGUCCAAGCGCGCUGCCUUCACAGUGAGGAAGUAGACGUUGAAAGUACACAUAAUUUAUGAGGAAAAUUACAAAAGACUUUUUUUAAGUUGUAUACGAUAUUUGAUAAUGAUUAACAUUUAAUAACUGCAUUGUGCUAACUUCAAUUUCAUGCUUCGCACAUGUUUUUGCUGCCAAAGGGUGUUUUAAACCUGAUUAGAUUGUUAUCUUGAGGCAGAAAAGUCUAUUACCACUGUAUUAAAAAUGUCGUCUUUGAAGAACUAAAUAAAACACAUUUGCUUUAAGAUUUCCCAAAACUCCUCUGACUACUGAGUUUCUUUGUUAUUUAUCUGACAGUCUUGUUUCACAGGCCUAGUCUGUUAAAUAGACUUCAGUUCUUUCAAGUAAGUUCACCAGAACGAGAAUGGGGCGCACUAGACCAGACUCUCUAUUAUUUUAUAUAGUGAGUCUGGUACCCAGGGUAUGAAUAUCACAACAUUUACAAAGAGCUGACAAUGAGCCUAGGUAUUUCUAUUCCGCAAAUGAUUCAAUUUUUUAU